UUGAAGAAAAAAGGAAAAAAAAAGUUUUAUUUAUUUAUUUAAUUUAUUUGUUUAUUUUUUAUUAUUAUAUCGUAGUAGCUUAUCGUUAAUAAAUGAGGUCACUCAGAUAUAUAGCUUACCCCCCGAAAAAUAAUAAAUAAGAAAUAAUAAAUAAAUGAUGUCAGUCAGGUAGGGUGUAAGAAGUAAGGAUUGGCAAUUGGUUUAUCGGAAGGGAAAGGGGAAGGGGGAAAUGUCAAACGCAGUGGCAAAUGGUGUGGCGGGAGCUGGAGGUGGUAUAAUUGCUCAGAUAAUAACUUAUCCCCUCCAAACGGUGAAUACGCGCCAGCAGACUGAGAGAAGCGCUAAGAAAGGCUUGGCAAAACAGCCUUCUAAUUCUUCCGGCAGUAAUAAUACCCUUGUUCAAAUCCUCCAUGUUAUUAGGACUGAAGGUUGGGGAGGCCUUUACAGUGGCCUUAAGCCUUCUCUGCUUGGCACGGCUGCUUCUCAGGGAAUUUAUUACUACUUUUAUCAGGUUUUCAAAAAUAAGGCUGAGGCUGUUGCAGCUGCUCGUAGAGAUAAAGGGCAUGGUGAUGGUACUGUUGGCAUGAUUUCAUGGCUUGUUGUGGCCGCUAUUGCUGGUUCCUUGAACGUAUUGCUGACAAAUCCUAUAUGGGUUCUUGUGACUCGUAUGCAGACACAUACUCAAGCUGAAAGAAAGAUUUUGGAGGAAAGAAAAGAAGAUCUGCUGAGGGAAGCUUCUGAAAGCAGUUUGAGAAAUUCUACUUUGCAAGAUAAAUUGGCUGAACUUGAUUCAUUAAAACCUCGUCCUUAUGGAACUCUGCAUGCUGUACGUGAGGUGUUUUCUGAAGCGGGUAUUACUGGAUUCUGGAAGGGCAUAAUCCCGACACUCAUUAUGGUAUGCAACCCGUCAAUCCAAUUCAUGAUCUAUGAGACCUCGUUAAAGCAUUUAAGGGCAAAACGUGCUGCCAACAAGUGGGGAUCCAAAAGAGUAACUGCUCUCGAGGUUUUUUUUUUAGGGGCCUUGGCGAAACUAGGAGCAACUGUCACAACUUACCCUUUGUUAGUUGUCAAGUCGAGGCUGCAAGCAAAGCAGGAGAUCGGUGGGAAUAUCACAUUAAGAUAUUCAGGAACUCUAGAUGCAAUAGUUAAGAUGAUCCGGCAUGAAGGAUUGCCUGGUUUUUACAAGGGAAUGAGUACUAAGAUCGUACAGAGUGUUUUUGCAGCUUCUGUGCUUUUUAUGGUUAAGGAGGAAAUCAUUAAGGCUUACAUGUUGCUAGAACAUAAGCACCGGAAGCUCCGAUUGAAUUUUCAGAAAUGAUCUCUUCACCUUUAUAUAAGGAUAACUCCUUUAAGAAAAUGGGUUGUAUUUAUACACGGCACUACAUCCAUGGUGGAAGGUUCAUCAGCGUCCUUAUUGUUUUCCUUUUCUGGUUCCAAAUAUUGGCUAAACAUUUUUAACUAUUAUUGUUUGGCCGUUUUGGCUCCAAAUAUUGGCCUCUGGUACCUUAUCAUUGUAGAACUCUAGAUAAUUUUGGAGAAUGUGAUCUCAGUAAUAUUCUAUCGUAGCACAGGUUGGUGAUCCAACCAUUUGAAGUUUUGA